GUGGAACACUCUCAUCGUCCUUCUUUUCUCUCUCGCUUCGUUUUACUCGUGUUCACUGGGUGGAUUGAACCUUCGUUGCUCCUUGUCAUCUAGCAGAAAAAGCAGUAGAGGUUACUGUCUUCAUCUUGCAUUCAGAAUGGGCAAAGAGGGCUUGAGAUAUGCGGCUAAGGUGGACUUGACGAAGGAAGCGGCUACCCAGCCUCAUCUCCAUAACAGAUGGCACCCUGACAUUCCCUUCUGCGGUACUAUCAAGAACAAUGAGGUGGUCAAGAUUGAGUGCGUCGACUGGACGGGCGGGCAGAUUGGCAACAAUGACAGCGCCGACGAUGUCCGGGAUGUAGACCUCACCAAGAUCCAUUACUUGACCGGCCCGUUCGAGAUCGAAACCGCAGAGCCGGGCGAUGUGCUCAUAGUCGAGAUCCAAGAUGUCCAGCCGCUGGAAGACAGCCCGUGGGGCUUUACCGGCGUCUUCACGAAGGAGAACGGCGGUGGCUUUCUGGACGAGAUCUACCCAAAAGCCGCGAAAGCGAUUUGGGACUUCGAAGGCAUCCACUGCUCCUCCCGCCACAUCCCCGGCGUCCGUUUCGCCGGCCUCAUCCACCCGGGCAUCCUCGGUUGCGCGCCCUCCCACGAAGUCCUAAAGACCUGGAACGACCGCGAAGGCCAGCUCAUCAAAGAGUGCAGCCACAUGGACCGCGACGUCGCCCUGCCACCGCAACCCAAGAACGUCCACGCCGGUUCCGCCGGCGACGACAUCAAAGAGAAGGUCGGCAAAGAAGGCGCACGUACCGUCCCCGGCCGACCGGAGCACGGCGGCAACUGCGACAUCAAGAACUUGUCGCGCGGGAGCAAAGUGUACUUGCCCGUUCACGUCAAGGGCGCCAAGUUCUCGGUCGGAGACUUGCAUUUCAGUCAGGGAGAUGGUGAAAUUAGCUUCUGCGGCGCUAUUGAGAUGGCGGGCGUGAUCACGAUAAAGUUCACCGUGAUGAAGGACGGGAUGAAGCAUCUCGCUAUGAAGUCACCUAUCUACAUUCCCGGCCCGGUAGAGCCGCAGUUUGGCCCCGGAAGAUACAUCUACUUCGAGGGUUUCAGCGUGGACGAGCAUGGCAAGCAGUAUUACUUGGACACGACGGUAGCGUACCGGCAGACGACGCUAAGAGUCAUCGAGUAUCUGAGGCGAUAUGGCUACGACGACUACCAAAUCUACCUUCUCCUCUCGUGUGCUCCAGUACAGGGCCAUGUGGCGGGCAUCGUGGAUAUUCCCAAUUCGUGCACGACUAUCGGCGUGCCCAUUGACAUCUUCGAUUUCGACAUCAGCCCGUCUGCGCCUGCGGAGAAGAAGGACAUGGGUAGCUGCGCUUUUGCAAGCUCGUGAUAUCCAGGAGUAAUCCAAUACGUGCAAUCUUCGCUAGAUGUGACCUCAAAAUCAGAAAUCUAUACUGCGUAGUCGAACUUCUCGUGCCCUCGCUUGACAAAUCUCAAUGGCACCUUGUCGGUUCGCAUCUGGAUUGUAAUGAUGGUCAUCAUGCCGGUCUUCAGCAGAUGGCGCGCUCUCGCAUCCGCCUUAUUCCAAGCCUCGCGCUUCUGCUCCUCAGAUGCCCUCUUCAGCUCCUCGUCAGACAGGAACAUGCUCACAUCGAGCUCGACGCUGUGCGUUUUGAAAAUCGUUGCGAGCACGGCCAUGAUCUCGACUUGAGCGAAGCGGCGUCCAAGACAUGAUCUGUAGCCCUCGCUGAACGGGACAUACGCGCCUCUUGUUGGACGGAAGAGGUGUUCAGACGUAUCAUGUCGUUUGUCGGGACCUUCAAAGUCCAGACCUUCUUCGGUGGCGUAGGCUUGUUCUUCUCCA